GUUCGCAAUAUUAGUCUGCAGCUCGCCAAGUGUGAGUUGGCAAUGGACUAUAAGCAACGACCGAACGUGGUUCGAAUUCAAGCUUGCGACCGUACAAUAUUGCUCGAAUGCAAAGACCGAGUCGAUGCGUUGACCUGGCUCGAACACCUGCAGGCAGCUGUCAACAUUGCUACGAGCCUUGAGGAGCGCUCCAUGCCCAGGUUCUACACCUUACCUAGAACUCACCAUCUCCGC